AUGUUAUCCAUGUUCUCUAACCUAGAUUUAGCUCUAGACGUUAAAGGCUUUAUCGUGUCGAAUGGCAAUGGCAGCAGAUCUGCCGCCAAAGAUUUGCUGACCUCCAAGAGUAUCGAGAAACAGGCAGAAGCUAAAUGUGUAGCCAUGCAGGCGCUAAGGAAGCAGCAACAGCAGCAGCAGAAUCAGAAGGAGCAGCCUGUUACAGCUUUGAGUCAAGCUUUAAGUCUCUUUGACAAGGAAAUGGAUGAACGCGAUUCAUUUCUAUCCCGCAAUACGAAACGAAGACAAAAGAGUGGGAAAAAGACGCGAAGUAGCAGUACCGUAGUAUCGUAUCGUGGUCGUAUUCAACGCCAGAACAAGUACAAUCGGGUGUAA